AUGGACAACCCCAACAACAGCAACAUCAUCAUCCCCAAGCUCACAGCCGAGGGCGACGACCCGGCAGCUCCGCUGCAGAGCACAUUCCAGGUCCGCGCCCAGGCCGGGGAGCCCGUCGCCGUGGUCCGCGUGCGCAACCUGCAGGCCACGAUCCCGUGCGGCCGCGACGCCUGGGGCCGCUCCGGCAAGGUCCAGCCGGUCCUGCUGUCCUCGGAGCUCUCAUUCCGGGCCGGCUUCGACGCCUCCUCCGCCGGCGACCGGCUCGUCGACUCGGAGACGGUGCACUACGGCAAUCUGAGCAAGACCCUGCUCCGCGGCCUGGAAGGGCUGAAUGGAGGGGGAGGGGGAGGCGGCGGCAUCGCCAGCUCAUCAUCGCAACCAGCGGCCGCGGCCACAAACUCCACGGCCUCCUCCUCCUCCUCCUCCUCCCACUCACCAAGUUCCAGCGCCAUCUUCGAGCUCCUCUGGGUCCGGCUGACCGGCCGCGUGACCGACGGGAGCCAGGUCGCCCUCCCCCCAGACCAGGUCCCCUUUCUCGACGCGAGCGCGCUGCGCUCCCUGUCCCUGACCAUCCACCUGCCCAAGGCCUCCCUGCUCGGCGCGGGCGUGAGCCUGACCACCACAGCAAGCUUCAAAGACCGGGAUACAUUACUUGGUGGUGGUGACGACGGUGACGACGAUAAUGAUGAUGAUGAUGAUGACAAAAAGAAGAAGAAGAAGCAGAAGAAGAAUCCCCUGGCCGCGUACGCGCGCAGCCUGCGCAUCUCUGGCUUGCACGUGCCCACGCUGGUCGGGGUCAACGCCAACGAGCGGCUCGCGCGGCAGAUGCUAGUCGCAGAGGUCGAGAUUGACCGGUUCGACGUUACGGGCGACGAUGUUCAUGACCAGAUUGAGCGGGUUGUCGUCGAUGCCAUGGAGAAGUCCUCCUUCGAGACCCUAGAAGCCCUAGGCACACACAUCGCCACCAAGAUCCUCGACGAGUUCCGGCUCGACCCCAGCCGCCGCGGCCCAGACUCCCACGACAAAGACGACAACAACAACGACAACAGGUCCAUGCGCGAGCGGGGCUGGCAGGUCCGCGUGUGCCUCGAGAAGCCCAUCGCCGUGCCGUUCGCCGAGUGUCCGGCCGUAGAAGUCCGGAUGGGCUCGGGCUUGUAG